CCCGCGCAUGUCAUUAGCAUACAUGACCCAUCUCGUCGGCAAAGGUGUCCGCACAGGGAUCUGCGCCGCGCUCUCCCGAGUUCAAACUUGUAACAGUCGCCACAGCGAGACACCCGGAGCCAGGCCCGGCCCGAGCCACAGCCACUCUCACUCACUCACUCUCUCUCACUCACACUCGACCGCCUGUGACUAUGCCGAAAAAUAAGGAACCAGUGGAGGCAGCAAGUGGAGAAAGGAUGGUCUUGAGAGCGAGACGGAUACAACCAGUUCCUUCCGCUAAGCCCAAAGCAGAGCCCAAAGCAAAACCCAACAAGAGAGGAGUCAAGUCAGUGGUCAAGAAUCAAGUUGCCAAGAAGAAGAAGAAAGAAGAGAAGUCAGAGGCAGGCAGUGAUGACCCUGCACCUGCUGAAAAUGGUGACAAAACUGAUGAGGCUCCGAAACCUGAAUCUGCAACUGACGAGAAUAAGUGAAACGCCUGCCACUAUCUUCAGUUGAUUUUAUGUACCUCUUGUACAAUUGAAAAUAUUUUUUAUCAAGUAUUUUGUAAAUGCAAAUAUUUUUAGGACUGGUAGUAAACUUUACAUAUACUGAUGUACAUUGUUAGGAGAAACCUUUUGAGCAUCCCCAGAAUAAGAUGGUCACCUUCAAAGCCCUCCACAGACUUGCUCCUCCCUACCUCUCCGACUUUCUAACCCCAUAUCAGCCUGUCCACUCCCUCUGCUCGGCAGUCCCCUGCUUCAGGUCCCCUGCAAUUCCCACCCCACUAUUGGCGAUUGGGCAUUCAGCAUCUCCACCCCCACACUCUUUAACCCCCACACUCUUAUGCCACAAUCCCUCCACCUCACCCCCUCUCUUGCCUCCUUCAAGUCCCGGCUAAAGACCUUCCUCUUCGACCAUGCCUUUGGCCACCCUCCCAGGCCCCUGCCCGCCACCCCUCCUGACCCCAACUCCCAGCUCGGGUCCAAAAACCCUCGACUGUCCAGCGACCUGGGACAUCUUUUCGACGUGAAGGGCGCUAUACAAGUGCAAGUUGUUGUUGUUGUUAGUACUUGUAACUUCUGACAGCGCUCGAAGGGAGCCAUUUCACAAUUGAAGUUUUCUUUUGAGGGGGGGAAAAAUUGGAUACACAUUCCAUCAGCUUUUAAGCUUGGAAGUUUUGAAUUUAGUGCUCAAGGUGAAUUUUUUUUUUAAAAUGUGAAAAUCGCAACCUAGUUUGAAAGUUUUAACUUUGUUUUUAUAUAGCAAUAACUUGGUGGUGAAUUGUACUAAAAGUUAAUGUGGGUGAGUGAAAAAUUGUGCAUAGCUGUGACACCUGAUGCCUGCUUUGGUUUGUGACAUCCAAUUUGAAAUAAACCUAGUUCUCCUA